AGGGGUCGAGAAGGACUCUCGUUGCGUUUGCCAAAGCCGGAGAUGUGGGCCCACGAUCCGAGCCCCGUGCAGCCGCUGGUCUCUCGAGGCCUUGUGCGACUACUGUGCGCAAGAUUUCGCCUCAUCGUUCGCGCCUCGGAUCCGUCUCUGGUGAAUUUGGUGCGUGGGAUGCAAUGUGGCGACCGCCGUGGGGGCCACGGCUGUGGUGAAUCCGCUCAGCUGGCGGGUGGAAUCAGCUGCUGGUUCUGGCAAUCCUGUGGAUGUAAGGCAGAGGCUUGUGCUGCGAUCGCGAUUGAGUUUUCUCCCUUCCUACUUCGCCAGGAUGCAGGGGACUCGCUCCCUCCAGCCUUCCAAGAACCUCGAGUUCGGAGGUGCUGAGC